AUGCAUCUCGUUUCCUUCAUUGUCCUGGCCCUGCUCCCAGAGCUGCUUUUCGCCAGAGUGCUCUAUACCCGUGGCAUUGUCUGUAGUUUCUCUACGCCCUGUGACCCCGGAGAUACAUGUGAAGACUUAUCAGGUCGAUGGGGUCUUACUGUUGACAUGUUUAAGUCUUUGAAUCCUGGUGUCAACUGCCCCAAUCUAGUUGCUGGUCAGAGCUACUGUGUGGUUGGCACUAUCUCGCCAGAUACUCCUGGCACGACGACCACCUCGAAGACCACCACUUCCAAGGCCACCUCUCAGGCCGCCACUAAGCCCACUACGACUCCAACCAAGACCACUACCACUACCCAGAAAAUGCCAACCACGACGUCGGCUGACCCUCAUUCCCCGACCCAGCCAGGUCUCGUAAAGGACUGUGAUAAGUUCCAUCUUGUUGUGUCUAGUGAUAGUUGCUAUACGAUCGAGGUUAAGUACGGCGUCAGUGCGGCCCAAUUUACAACGUGGAACCCCUCCAUCAACGCUGAGUGCAGCAACCUCUGGCUAGACUACUACGUCUACGUUCACGUCCCAGGCGCCAUAACAUCGGUGCCCAUGCCCACGCUCACACCUACGGGGCCACAGCCGCAGAUGCCUAGUAUAGCCGUAGGUAUCACACUGGCCCAGUUCCGCUCUUAG